UCCACAUUCUUGACUUUUUCUAUGUACUAGUCAAUAUAAGCUGUGGUAUUUGUUGAAAUAUAUACACACACAAAAACAAAAGCUGUGGGAUUCUUUUUUUCUGUUCAUAGUAUAUGUAUAAGCUGUGGGACUUGAACAUAGUAUAUAGGAAAGUCAGUUGUAUGUCAAUUUCAUGAUUUCAUCAUUGAUAUAUUUAGGUCAACUUUGAUAUAUUUAUAUACAUUUUGCAUAUCAUUGAGGGAUCAAAAAGGAGAGGUCAUAUAUGAUGGGGUUGAGCUUGAAAAUGGUGUUGUUUGUUCAUGUUCUUCUUGUUUUAGGGUUUGGUAUCAAUGGAGUUUAUGGAUUAUUAUCUUCUUCUACAUUGAGAAAUAUUGAUAAUAUAAACAUGGAAGGGCCAUAUUUAGGUAUAAUAGUGCCAAAUUCCUUUGAGAUGAAUCCUUUGUUGCAAACUGGUAGCUUUCUGGAAGAUCAUAAGAUGCCUUACUUGGAUUUUGCAGGGAGAAGGUUUCGAAUAGGUCGGUUGGAAAAUGAAAGGGUUAUUAUUGUUAUGACAGGGUUGAGCAUGCUAAAUGCAGGAAUAGCUACACAAUUGCUAAUUACUUUAUUCAAGGUGAAAGGAAUUUUGCACUAUGGAAUAGCAGGAAAUGCAAAUUCACAGCUUCAAAUUGGAGAUGUAACAAUCCCUCAAUUUUGGGCUCAUACAGGUCUUUGGAAUUGGCAGAGGUAUGGGGAUGGACCUGAGGAUGAGUUAGCUUUAGAAUCAAAUGGAGACUACACCAGAGAAAUUGGUUACCUUAGGUUUUCUGAUUAUUACAACGGCACAAAUUGCAACAAUUCUUCAGACAAUUUGCUCAACAAUGUUUGGUAUCAACCUGAAGAAAUAUUCCCAAUAAAUGGGGUUCCAGAGCAAAGGCAACAUGCAUUUUGGGUUCCAGUUAACAAGCAUUACUUUGCCAUUGCGGAAAGAGUUCAGGGUUUGAGGCUUGCUGGAUGUGUGAAUGGAACUUGCUUACCAAGACCACCAAGGGUAGUGAGAGUACAAAGAGGGAUCAGCUCCAACAUCUUUGUCGACAAUAAAGCAUACCGUGAGUUCUUGAACUCCAAGUUCAAUGCAACAGCAAUCGACAUGGAGACAGCUGCGGUAGCCCUUGUUUGCCACCAACAAAACAUGCCUUUUAUUGCAUUUAGGUCCCUGUCUGAUUUAGCUGGUGGGGGUUCUGCCUUGUCUAAUGAAGCUGCUUCAUUUGCCACUUUGGCUGCUCAAAAUGCUGUUGAUGUUCUACUUAGGUUCAUUUCCCUAUUAUCUUCAUAAAACAUAUAAAAACAAGUUUCUUUCAAGGCAUAAUCUCUUUUGGAAUUUAAAAAUUAUAAAAUUUGAUUGGUAAUUGUUAGUUUAUUGUUACGAUAAUGUAAAUCCCAAAUUUGAUAGGAA